AUUGCAGCCUUCCGCCUAGGCUCCCUCUGUCACGGUGGGGACACCGGCUGAGCUCCUUUGCCACUUGCUUCCAGCCUGGCCUUGCCCCCAUUUGAGCCCCGUGACAGGAGGCAGAGAGAGCCCUCCCCCAGGACAGCGAGGAAGGUGCUUGCCGGGUGCCUGGAAAGGCGCAGCCAUCGUUUCAGCUCGCUUUUUCGACUGGUGGAACAACUCUGGCCUUGGCUACGCCGGGAUGACCGAGAAGAAGCCAUUUUGUGAGGCAUCGUAGAGAAGGGGGGGCUCCUCCUCCUCCUCCGCCGCCGCUUAGCUUUUUCCACCCGGAGCCCUGCAGUCGAUAUAGGGGCGCUGCUCUGGCCUUUUCACCCGCCGGUCGGGUCACUUCGCUUACUUGUGUUGCUGCCCUCAAGGGCUUCGUGGAUCUUCAUAAGUCUUCGGGACAAGAUGCGGCUCCCCUCUCGGCGUGACGAUGCCGUUCCAUUCACGGCGAAGAUCCCCCCCUUUUAAAGGCAUUUCCCCCCUCUUUUGCCUCAGCUAAACCUGCGAGGAGGAGGACGGGACGGGACCUACGGAAGUCUUCUCGCCCACGGUUUCUGGGGCGAACAUGGCCGGCGAGCCCCAGAAGAAGCAGCACUUGUCGGCCUUGGUGGGCCAUACCAACGGGCUCACGAAGCCCGCUUCCCUGGCAGCUGUAGCUGGAGCCCGAAGCGGGGUGGCCGGCUCUGGGGCUUCUGCUGCUGGCGGAGGGGCCACUUCCAAGAAAAUAGUGAUCAAGAACUUCAGAGAGAGACCCACCUUGGCUGAUAAUUACACUCGGGAUACAUGGCAGAAGCUUCAUGAAGCAGUCAGAGCUAUACAGAGUAGUACAUCUAUUAAAUAUAAUCUUGAAGAACUCUACCAAGCUGUUGAAAAUGUCUGUUCUUAUAAAGCAUCCCCUACACUGUACAGACAGCUAAGACAAGUCUGUGAAGAUCAUGUGAAAGCACAAAUACUGCAGUUUAGAGAAGAUUCUCUUGAUAACCUUCUGUUUUUAAAGAAAAUAAACAAAUGCUGGCAAGAUCACUGCAGACAAAUGAUCAUGAUUCGAAGCAUUUUUUUGUUUUUGGAUCGUACCUAUGUACUUCAGAAUUCAAUGCUACCUUCUAUAUGGGAUAUGGGACUAGAACUCUUUAGAAAUCAUGUUAUUAGUGAUAAAUUAGUUCAAACUAAAACAAUUGAUGGGAUUUUAAUAUUGAUUGAACGAGAACGGAAUGGUGAAGCUGUGGAUAGAAGCUUGUUACGAAGUCUGCUAAGUAUGCUGUCUGAUUUACAAGUUUACAAAGACUCAUUUGAACAAAGGUUUUUGGAAGAUACAAACCGUUUAUAUACUGCUGAAGGCCAAAGGUUAAUGCAAGAAAGAGAGAUCCCAGAAUAUCUUCACCAUGUUAACAAACGUUUAGAAGAAGAAGCAGAUAGGGUAGUAACGUAUUUAGACCAUAGCACACAGAAGCCACUCAUUGCUUGUGUGGAGAGGCAGCUGUUAGGAGAACACUUAACAGCUAUUUUGCAAAAAGGACUUGAUAAUCUGCUUGAUGAAAACAGAAUUGCAGACCUCACCCAGAUGUGCCAGCUUUUCAGCCGAGUAAAAAGUGGGCAACAGCUCCUUCUGCAGUUCUGGAGUGAAUACAUCAAGAACUUUGGGACAUCAAUAGUGGUAAAUCCUGAAAAAGACAAGGAUAUGGUGCAAGAGCUGCUAGAUUUUAAGGACAAAGUGGAUCAUAUCAUAGAAGUGUGUUUUCAGAAAAAUGAGAAAUGUAUAAACUUGAUGAAGGAAUCUUUUGAAACAUUUAUCAACAAAAGACCAAAUAAACCAGCAGAACUGAUAGCAAAGCAUGUGGAUUCAAAGCUAAGAGCUGGCAAUAAAGAAGCAACAGAUGAAGAACUGGAAAGAAUCCUUGACAAAAUAAUGAUAAUAUUCAGAUUUAUUCAUGGUAAAGAUGUGUUUGAAGCAUUUUAUAAAAAAGAUUUGGCCAAGAGACUGCUGGUUGGAAAAAGUGCUUCAGUUGAUGCUGAAAAAUCGAUGUUAUCUAAGCUUAAGCAUGAAUGCGGUGCUGCUUUCACUAGUAAACUGGAAGGAAUGUUUAAGGAUAUGGAACUUUCCAAAGACAUUAUGAUUCAGUUUAAACAGUAUAUGCAGAAUCAAAGUGACCCAGGCAAUAUAGAUUUGACUGUAAAUAUACUUACUAUGGGAUACUGGCCAACUUACAUGCCUAUGGAUGUUCUUUUGCCUCCAGAGAUGGUUAAGCUUCAAGAAGUAUUUAAAACAUUUUAUCUUGGAAAACACAGUGGUCGAAAACUUCAGUGGCAGACUAGUUUAGGACAUGCUGUCCUGAAAGCGGAGUUUAAAGAGGGCAAGAAGGAAUUUCAGGUAUCACUUUUUCAAACAUUAGUGCUUCUAAUGUUCAAUGAAGGAGAUGAAUUUGCUUUUGAAGAAAUUAAAAUGGCCACUCUUAUAGAGGACAGUGAAUUAAAACGAACCUUGCAGUCUUUGGCCUGUGGUAAAGCAAGAGUGCUGAAUAAAAGUCCAAGAAGCAAAGAUGUAGAAGAUGGCGACAAGUUCACCUUUAAUGGUGAUUUCAAGCAUAAGUUGUUCAGAAUAAAAAUCAAUCAAAUCCAGAUGAAGGAAACAGUUGAGGAACAAGUCAGCACAACUGAAAGGGUGUUUCAGGAUAGGCAGUAUCAGAUUGAUGCUGCCAUAGUACGAAUAAUGAAGAUGAGGAAGACACUUGGUCAUAAUCUUCUUGUUUCAGAGUUAUAUAAUCAGCUAAAAUUUCCAGUAAAGCCUGGAGAUUUGAAAAAGCGGAUUGAAUCUCUCAUAGACAGAGACUAUAUGGAGAGAGACAAAGAUAACCCUAAUCAGUAUCACUAUGUUGCAUGAUAAGGAAGAAACUGUUUUUAUAAAACAAAAGGACACUAACUUCCCAACAGUGGAUACCUGUGUUGUUCCCAAACCUUUCUUUUAGCGGAUUUGGGAAUGAUGUUGGUUGAUCAACUGCAUGCCCAGCUGAUACUUGAAACAUCCUUGAUCAGAUUUUGCGGCAGUAUUUAAAGACAUUUCUUUUUAGUUCUGAUUCUUGAUUUCUUUGGGAAUUUUGUUCAAACUUUCCUUUGGAAGUGAAUGGCAACAGUCCCCUAUGAUGUAAUUCUUUAGCCUGAAGAAAUUAGGGUGGUUGUGUGAGUUUGCACAUCAUAAAGAAUUUUUAUGCUGCAUUCUUUAGCUUCAAGAAUUAUAUGAAUUUCUUUUUAAAACUCUGUUGAAGAACAAUCAGUGGUCUCUGAGUACACUGAAUUUUUAACUAUGCAAACAAAUUCUAGUAUUUCUAUUUGAUUUUUUUAUUUCACAUCUUUCUAAACUUUAUCCCUGUUUAGAUAGAUCAAGUGCCAAGAGGAUGACUGCAAGUUGAGCUAACUAGCUCAAGAUAUUCAUUGGUAACUUUUUUCUUCUUCUUGGCUACAUGAGAGUGAAUCAAAUAAGCACUUUCUUAGUCCAGAAUAUUUGUUUGUAAACUUUCAUGUAACACUACAGGAUAAUCUAGUUUUACACUAAGAAUUGCACAACAGCAAUUACUGUAGCGUAAUCUUAGAACAUUUAAAAGUAUUUUUAAAGGCUUUAUAGCCUUGUUGUGAGAAUAUAAGGGACAAUCCAGUCCUUCUCCAUAUCUCUCAUCAUUGCAGAACUAUGCAUAUGAGAGAAGAUUCCUGCUGUUUCUCUCCUAUAUACUCAGAACUAUGCAUGCAUGUGCAGAGGACUGGAUUGUUCCCACCAUUCUUGUCUUGACAGAUUUUGAAAGUAUCUUGUUGACAAAUUUGGAGAAAGAAAAGUAUGUAAACGGAUAAUUGUAACUGCUGGUUUUCAGAAUAUGCAAAAGAGUAUAUGUUUAAAAGAAACCAAAGGAGCUUUUGACCUUUGGGUCAUUACUGUUAGUAAUAUCUUUAUUACAAUGCUUUGCAUCAAAUUAGUAACUUGAUUAAUUAUAUAAAAAAACUCCCUUGUACUAUUUUGACGUCUUCAAAUUAAAAUCCCCGCAUUACUGUCAAUAA